GAACGUUAGAGACAAGAGAUCAAUUUUGUUGAAAACAGAAGGACUGCUUUUCCGAGGUGCUUCAAUUCAUAAUGCACGUUUGGUGUUAAAGUUAAUUAAUAAUAAUAAUAAUAAUGAGUACACUUUACACACUUUGAACUGUACUGUGAUAAUGCGCGUUACGUAUAUACUAUAUAUUAUAUGCAUGUAGAUCCUAUUUGCAAUUAAAUUAACGAGUCAUUAGGUAAGCCAGAUACAAUGUUCAGGCAUUUUUACACAUGGGACUUAUCAGUUAUCUUCAGUGUCUGUUUCGCAUUAGAGGAAUAUAACACUCCUAGAGGACGUGAUUAAGAUGCAUAUGUGGUACUGGUUCGGCGUAGAUCUAGGUAGCUUCCUAUUUCCAGGUUACAACGUUACAACAGUAUGGGGUCUUGUGGCGACAUGCUUAGGCCUCGCUGCACUAGCAGUGAUAUACGAGGCCAUGAAGAUCUCUCAGAUUCAUUUACAACAGAUUACAAUUAAAUCUGUCUCUAGGACUAAUUCAACUACCUCUGAGAGCUCAUCGCUUUUAUUCAAAGUGACACCAAAGAAUCUUAGGGCUUACACCAAAUGUGGCACCUGUUGCUCAUGGAUAUUGCAAGUACUGCACUGGUCUCUUCAUACUCUACUCGGUUAUAUUUUAAUGAUGGCAGUUAUGACAUUCAACGCAUACAUCACUAUCGCUCUUGUGAUAGGAGGAUGCAUCGGAUACUGGAUAUUUGGUUCAACUCUUGUAGACUUAAAUAUGCAACAAUUUUACCGCAAACGAGCAAUCGUGGAAUGUGACAAGAAUUGUGAAGAUGUUUUUACGAAUCGACAAAGACAAGGGUCUGCUGUCUCUAUCAUUGCAGAACAAUUAGUCACUGAGGCAAAUAUCGAAGUUCACGUAUCGGCAAAUGCGAUAAAUACAUGAAUUUUAACACGAAAUUUGACAAUGGAAAGUUCUGAUAUCUCUAGAAUAAUCGUUAUUGUUAUCGAUAUCACAUAUUUCUAUACGAAUAUAUAUCUAUAAAUAUAAAAAAUAUUACAAAUUUUUA